UAAGCACAUAGUUUGAUCCGCCCACUCCCAUUCUACACUUCAUUAACACACCUUUUCCUGUUGUUUGCCCUUACUUGAGCAAUAGCUAUACAUACAAAUCGUAUUAACAUUUUAUAUACGACGAAAUGGCAGAUAAAGUCUUGAAAAAACUUCGGACUGAUCUGAGGGAUGGUUUGACCGAGGCAGUCAUCAAAAAUUUGUUGGAUGAUCUUCAGGAUAAGAAUGUGCUAGGAAGUGAGGAGAUUGAAGUAAUAGUGCAGAAGACCAAAACGCGAGCUGAUCAAGUUCGAGAUCUGAUUGAUGGUGUGAGCAGAAAGGGGACAAAAGCAAGUGAAAUCAUGUUCACAUGCUUGAAGGACAGAGACAACUAUCUUUACGACAACCUAAACAUAGACAGCCUUUUAGCAAUUCCUGAAGCAGGAGCGACCUGUAGUCCUACACCAACGCCACAUAGUACGACAGAUGAACAAAACACUAUGAAGGUGUACAAAAUGGACAGUAAUCCACGUGGACUGUGUGUAAUUAUUAAUAACGAGAACUUUGGAACCCCCAAAAAGAAACGAAACGGAUCCCAAAAAGAUGUUGAUGCUCUGAAGGCCUUAUUCGAAUGUUUGGGCUUUCUGGUUGAAGUCGAGAAAGACAAGACCGCAGAUCAAAUAAAAGCGCUUAUGGCCAAAUACAGUAACGAUCCUCGUCACGAAGACUGCUUUGUCUGUUGUGUGAUGAGUCAUGGAAAUAAGACUGGUGUCCAGGGAAGUGAUGGCAAAAUAUGCCCCCUGAAUGACAUCACCUCCCCAUUUGAUGGAGUCAACUGCUCUGCUCUUAUUGCCAAACCUAAAGUGUUCUUUAUCCAGGCAUGCAGAGGAUCUGAGAUGCAGAGUAAAGUGGUGGUUACAGAUGAUGCUGAUGCCAGUCCUGGCAAUGUAUCAUACAGCAUUGCCAAAGAUUCUGAUUUUCUGAUCGUCCAGUCCACUGUGGAGGGAUAUUAUUCAAUCCGUGAUCCAUCCAGUGGAUCAUGGUUUAUUCAGUCCCUUUGUGACCAAUUAAAAGAAGGAAGUGAACAAGGCCAGGACAUCUUGACGAUCCUCACUAAUGUCAAUAACGAUGUAAGCCUUAAAGAGGGCACAAUGUUAAAGAACAAUGAUAGAGUAGACGCAAAGGUGACCCCUCAGCAACUGUCCACCCUGAGGAAGCAUCUUAUUUUCAAAGCACCGAAGGGUCAGGCUGCUGCUUCUAAACAGAAGAAAACAGGCUAAACAUCCUGAAGAAGAGGAGGAAAUCUUGCCAUUGCCAUUAUAGUAGCCUGUUCCUCUCUGUUUUUCCCAUAUUUGUUAUAUUGGAUUUUAGAAUGUUUACCACAGGAAAGUGGACCUUGAGGGCCAGAGUUGAGAACCCAUGUUUUAAGAAAUCUGUGUUUAAUCACAUAGCUUUCUUUAAUU